UACUGUGACCUACUGUCACAAGUUGACCAAGUUGUACAUAACCAAUAAUUGUGACCGAUUAUAUGAAUAAACUAUAAAUAGAUAUAUUUGAUAAAAAAUGCCACUAAUUGACAAAAUAACAGUAGAACUUGGAGCUCAAGAACCAUGGCCAAAGGAUGUUAAGUUGUUCCAGCCCUAUGAUGUCGAGCAGAUCCUUCUACCUGAUAAUGCGAAUUGUUUAGCUGUCCAGGCAUUUCUCAAGAUGUGCCAUCUUGACUUCCAAGUGGAACUAAGAGCUAAUGCCGAGGCAAUGUCACCAACUUUAAAAGUUCCUUUUAUUAAAGCAGGCCGUUUUGUCACUGCGGAAUUGGAAGGCAUUGUUCAGUUUGUUAACGGGAAAGGUAUAUCUCUAACGGAUAAGUUGGACAGUGAGCAGAAAGCAGAUAUGAGGGCAUAUAUGUCAUUGAUUCAUAGCGUAAUUGAGGUGGCAGAGCUUUAUAUUUGUUGGGUUGACAAGGAAACAUAUAAUGAAGUGACGAGUAUUAGAAAUGGUUCAAUCUAUCCAUGGCCAUUAAAUCACUUCCAAAAUAUCGUGAAAAAAAGGCAAGUGAUUAAAAAAUUGAAAGCGUUGGAUUGGUACAAUAAGACUCUGGAAGAAGUUUUCCAGGAAGUGGAAAAUUGCUGCGAAGCACUCAGCACUCGAUUGGAUGGGAAAAAUUACUUUUUCGACGACAGUCCAACCGAAUUGGACGCUUUAGUUUUUGGUCAUCUGUUCACGAUACUAACCACCCCUCUUCCAAAGAGCGAUUUAGCCAACAUUGUAAGAAACUAUCCUCAGCUUAUUAAUUUGGUACAGAGGAUCGAAAAGGAGUACUUUAAAAAAGAGACUAAACAUUGAAUACAUUCGGAAUUAUUGU